AAUUGAAAAGAAUAUUUUGUAGUAUUCCGGAAGGUUGUGGAAAUGGGCUUUUUAAAUAAAUAAAAAAGGAAGAGUAUGUGUGUUUCUUCUUGUGUGUACAAUUGACAUCUGAAACGCAAAGAUGGCGGUGAAUCCUCAACUAUUUCCGAAUGGGAUGCCUGUGCCUUUCGUCAAUGAACUCUUCGUCUUGGCCAGAGAUGGAGUCGAGUUUGAGGUCGACAAGAUCCCUGGAGUAGGAGCAGUAAAAGCAAAGGGAACAGUCUAUUUGUCCAACAUUCGGAUGGUCUUUGUUUCAAUUAAGCCUGUGGAGAACUUCAUUGCAUUUGACAUGCCCCUGCUUUAUGUCCAUGGCGAGAAAUUCAACCAACCAAUAUUUUUCUGUAAUAAUAUACGUGGACAUGUGGAUCCAGUUAUACCAGAAAAUGAAAAUAGGGCCUUGUUUUCCACUCACUCAUUCAAGAUUUUGUUCAAGGAAGGUGGUUGUGGAACUUUUAUCCCUCUAUUUUUCAAUUUAAUUGCCUCAGUGAGACAAUACCACCAACAGUCUAGGGAAGAAGCUAGAGUAGAUCCUCUUCAAGCAGCACAAACUCCUGUGGAUGAGAUGAUGAGACACGCUUAUGUGGAUCCUAAUGAUCCAACAAGAAUUUUCUUGCAGCAGCCUAGUACAGAAUCUCAACUCAGGCGUCGAACAUACCAGUCAACCAGCUGAAAAUCUAUCUAGUUUUCUUGUUUCCAGUUGAUUGUUAUUUCGACAUGUGCAGAUUCUCGUCUCUCUUUCCAACAACGUGACAACUAUGUAUGUGUGUAUGAUGUCUAUACUUGUAUUCCUAGACGUUUGAAGGGAUUGGAAUCCACUUUACGUGUGUACAAAUACCCUAAUAGAUUAUUCUCCACUUCUAUUUAUUUUGGUCUAAAUUACUUCUUUUUUAUGA